CGCACCUAUAUAAACUACGCUCCUAUCCGACAUGAUCGUCACAAUUCAUUAAGUCGCUACACAGCAGUAUCAUACGUUUAAUCGACAGUGAUAAUUCGGUGAUAUUGUAGAACCCGAGAACAUGACGUCCAAGAUGAUCCUUAUUGCGGCUGUGGCGAUAAUAGGAACGCUUAUGGCGGUGGAUGACGCAUCGUGUCACAAGGCGCAUUCGCACCAGCAUUUCCACGGUCCCGUGGUAGGACCGCACCAUGAAGUAUCAUGGAAGGGAAAGCACGGUCACCAUCACGUCGACUACGUCGCCCACCCGAAAUAUGAUUUCGGAUACGGAGUCGAGGACCACCACACGAAGGAUUUCCACAGCCAAAAGGAGCACCGAGACGGAAAGAACGUCGCUGGUGAAUAUUCCCUCCACGAGCCGGGCGGCAACGUGAGAACGGUAAAAUACCACGCCGACAAGAGUGGAUUCCACGCUGUGGUCCACAACAGUAAUGGAAACGAUCACUCCGGUGGCGGACACGGUCACCAUCACCACUAAGUAUUCCAAACUAAAAGAAAAUCAAGACGGCGAUGAGCCGAAUCGCAUCGUCGUCAAUUAACUCACGCUGUCCAAUGAUCGUACGAUAAUUAUUGCGAUGUAAAUAUACCCGCGUUGUUGAUUGUUUUUGCUCUUUUACUCUGUAUAUAAAUCGUUGUUAUUGUACAAUUGUACCAUCGAGAUCAGUAGACGACUGAUCAAUAAAUUGUUACCGUUUUUUCUUCUCUGA